UGGCCAGCAGUUCAUAUUUCGUACCUUUCUCCUUCCACCUUCGGUUUCCCUUCAACCGUUGUUCACCACAUAAAUUGAUGAACACAACACCACACUCUACAGAAACUUGUAAUUAAUCGAUAAAGAAAGUAUCCAUCUCUUUUCUUUGUCAUGAUGCAAUCUGUGCAAAUUUUAUUACUUGGUGAUUUUUUCAGUGGGAGUAGACGGCUUGUUAAUGGAAUUUAAUGGUGGGUUGAUGCGAAUGUGAGAUCUGGUGCGUUACGGCCUUGGAGAAAUUCUCUGUCGUGAUUUUUGUUCUUGUUUUUUAAGGGUCGUUGCGAUUGGGUUUUGAGUUUUGCUAGUGGGUUUUCUUCUUCAGAAUGAUGAACAACAUGCGAUUGGGUUUGGGUUUUGCUGGGAGAAGGAGUUGCUAUUGAAGAAGAAGUUGGAGGGAGGAGAACGUGAACUUGAAGGCUUGGGAGAAGGAAACCCUGAAGGGAGGCAAGAAGAAAGCAUUAGCUUCAGUCAUACUAUUUUUUUAAAAUAAAAUAAUGCCACAUCACCGGAUGUGCGAGCUGUGUAAAAAUAGAGUAAUGCUCAUGUGAUUGGGGGAUCACCGAGGACGGAGGAACAAGCUAGAGAGGGUAAGGAAAAUGAAUCAGGAAAGCAAUCAUACUUUCAAAACAAUUUUUUGAAUUUGAGUUGGUCAACUGCAUCUACAUUCGAUUGAUUUGAGCAAAGAAGGAAAGCAAGAGACUAAGAAGAGAAAAAAUGGCUUCAGCUCCGACGUUUUGCCCGAACCCAAGCCCUUGCACCAAUCGCAUCGUCUCCUCUUCAAGGAGACGGUUUACUAGCUUCGCCUUCGAAUCAGGCAGAACCUUGUUUGGCUCCGGCGUACCCUCCCGGAAUUUCUUUUCGCUGUCGACCCGAGUAAAUCGAACUGGGCCCGUUCCGAUUUCUGCUUCUUCUCAUACUUUUGAUGUGGUCAUCGUCGGAGCUGGAAUCAUCGGGUUGACUAUCGCCCGCCAGUUCCUGAUCGGUUCGGACUUGUCCGUCGCCGUCGUCGACAAAGCCGUCCCUUGUUCCGGUGCUACUGGUGCCGGGCAAGGCUAUAUAUGGAUGGUACACAAAACACCUGGAAGUGAGAAAUGGGAGCUGGCAAUGAGAAGCCGCAAAUUGUGGGAGAUGCUGGCAGAGAGCAUACAUGAUCAAGGUUUGAAUCCUGCUGAAGUUAUGGGUUGGAAGAAGAGAGGAAGCCUAUUAGUAGGUAGAACUCCUGAAGAAUCGGAUUUAUUAAAAAGGAGGGUGCAGCAGCUAUCUGAGGCUGGAUUGCGAGCAGAGUACAUGUAUAGUCAUGAUUUACUUCAAGAGGAACCUGCACUUACAGUUGGAGAAGAUGGUGGCGCUGCCUUUCUACCUGAUGACUCCCAAUUGGAUGCUCAACGUACUGUUGCAUUUCUUGAAAAGGGCAAUAGACUUUUUGCAUCAAAAGGCAGAUAUGCAGAGUUCUAUCAUGACCCGGUAACAAGUUUGUUGAGGUCUGGUAGCCAUGGGGAGGUCAAAGGUUUACAGACUUCCAAAAAUACCUUGUACAGUAAUAAGGCUAUUAUUGUUGCAGCUGGUUGUUGGAGUGGGUCUUUGAUGCAUGAAUUGUUUAAAGAAUCAGAUAUUUUGUUGGAUGUCCCCGUGAAGCCACGAAAGGGUCACCUCCUUGUGCUUGAAAAUUUCAAUGCCCUUCAACUAAAUCAUGGUCUAAUGGAGGUGGGUUAUAUUAAACAUCAAACCAUUUUAGCUUCAGAGCAACUUGAUCAUGGGCAAGCCUUGUCUGUUUCAAUGGGAGCCACCAUGGACACCUUGGGGAACCUUAUUUUGGGAAGUAGCCGCCAAUUUGCAGGUUUCAGCUCUGAAGUGGAUGAGCCUGUUGUUGCUCAAAUAUGGAAGCGUGCUGCGGAAUUCCUUCCCAAGUUAAGAGAAUUUCCCCUUUCGGACUUCGGUAGGAGCAGAAAAGUGAGAAUAGGACUACGUCCCUAUAUGCCUGAUGGGAAGCCAAUGAUCGGGCCUGUGCCUGGCAUGACGAAUGUGUUCCUUGCAACUGGGCAUGAAGGGGAGGGGCUUUCUUUGGCUUUGGGAACUGCUGAAAUGGUUGCAGAUAUGGUGCUGGGCAAUCCAGGGAGAGUUGAUAGUGCACCUUUCGCGGUUGAAGGCCGAGGUUGUUGAGUGUGAUUUCACUUUAAUUAUCAUGUGAUGAGAUAUCACUCCAACUCCAAGCAAACUGUAUGGUAAACAAGCAUGAGCUAAAAUGAACGAAGCCAUUUGUAUUGAGGCAAUGCAGCAAUGGUUUAGAGUUCUAAAGAAAA